AUGGAAGCCCAAGUAAAAAAUCUGCUUCUCCAAGACGACUCGCCCUUUCGUAGGGAUGCUAAUUUUGCUUUUGUUUGCUGGAAUAUGAUCCAGAAGAAAGAAGUCAGUACGAACACAUCUUUUCGGAUAAGUUCGUCACUGCAGUAUAGUCUUGCCAACAAUUUAAAGAACAUUGCACCUUCCUUGACCAAUUUGGCUGAAAAGUGGAGUCAGUCUACCUACAGUCCACCGUCUACAACAGAAGAAAAAAAAGCCGCACGUGUCCUCCGACGGUUACAAGCAUCCACCAAGUUCUUGAGGGGCAGCGCAGGUUAUAAGUUAUGCCACCGAAAUGAAAUACGCGCCUUGAUGAAGAAAUUUUGCACUCCAGCAAUUUUCGUGACGGUCAAUCCACAUGACCUGACCAGUAGUGCUAUUCCUGCCAUAGCAGGAAUU